AUCAUCAACAACAACCGCAGAGCCAAGCGCACAGCACACCGUUCUCAGUGUCGGACAUCCUAAGUCCCCUGGACGUUUCGGUGGCUCAGCAACAGCUUCAGCAACUCCAGCAGCAAGAGGACUUUGGUGCGACCCUAGUGAUGAACAGCCACUACGGCAUGCAGCUCGGUUCCCAGGGGUUCCCGGGCAGCCAGUACGGCGCGGGGCCCCCGGACCUUGCGGGACACUACGCCGAUCCCGUAAGGCAGUCGGCUGCAGCGGCAGCCGCUGCAGGAUGGUACGGAGCGGCGCCGGACCCACGUUUCGCAAUCUCCCGGCUGAUGGGGGGUCCCGGCGGCGCCGGCGGCGGUCCCCAGCUGGGCCAGGCGCUGUCGGCAGCCUGCGGCGGCACGGGCCCCGGCGGAGACUCGAUGGGCAAGUCGGCCGCGGCCGCAGCGGCGGCAGCGGCAUGUGCGGCCGCCGCGGCGGCAGCCGGCAUGCAGUUCCCGCUCGGCCAGCGCCGCAAGCGCCGCGUCCUCUUCACGCAGGCCCAAGUGUACGAGCUGGAACGGAGGUUCAAGCAACAGAAGUACCUGUCCGCACCGGAGAGGGAACACCUGGCGAGCCUCAUCCACCUCACACCAACCCAGGUGAAGAUCUGGUUCCAGAACCACCGCUACAAGUGCAAACGGCAGGCCAAAGAAAAAGCCAUGGCCGAGCAGCAGCUCCACCACGGUGCGACCAGCGGUGGCUCGACCAACUCUCACGCCGAAUCCACCGGUGGCGGUGGACACCAUUCCCCGCGCAAGGUGGCCGUGCCCGUGCUCGUCAAGGACGGCAAGCCCUGUGGCAGUUCUUCCGGUGAAGAAGACGCCGUUGGAGACCUCCUCGUCAGUUCCGGCUCUGUCGGGGCAUCGGUGUCCCAGUCGCAUCAGCAUCAUCAGUCGCAGAGAGGAAGUGGUCUGAUGCAUCAUCAGCAUCAUCACCACAGGUCGUGCCUGGGAGACGGGACGGCCGGCUCCAGGAUGAUGUGCGGGACGCAGCCCACAAGCGCCAGUCCUCUGGGCAUCAACGGUAUGACGUCGUACAGCCAAGCGGUCGACCUCAACUCAGGGUCGGUGGUCGGCAACACCGGUUCGGGGGUCGGCGGCAGCGGCAUGGCGUCGUCGAUGCCAUCCAUGUGCCCGUCCUACCUGCAACUCCAGGGGCGGACUUGGUGACUGGACCUCUGGGACGCCUCGUGACCCCAGCGGACUCACGGGACGUCCCCGGCGACCGUUAAGCGAGAGGUCGCCGACGUUGUCACCUUCACGGACGAAGAGGAGGACGACGAGGACGACGACGAGGAUGACGUUUACGGCGCGGUGCGAUCGGGUGAAGACUCGGCAGACCAGCAGCAGCAACAGCAAGACCUUCGCGAUCUUGUGCUCUGAAGACGUCAUCGAGGAAAAAGCCUUCGGUGUGUUUGUUAGAGGUCGUUGAAUCAGAGAGCUGCAAGACACUGAGACAAAAUGCUGCCCACGACAGGGAAUAUAAACCCUUUGCGUUUUUAUAUAGGACCUCACAAUGCUGUGAAAGGGGACAAGGCUACAGCUACAGUGUGCUUAGAGAUAUUGAACACCGUUUGAAAAAAAAAAGAAAACGGAAUGUGACUGGGACCUCGUGCUCCUCUGCAUCUCAAGAACGUUUUGCAAGACGUGAACCUUAACCCCACUUGUACUUCGUGCUAUAGAAGUCCCUAAACCUGCAAGAUCAAGCAUUUAGAAAGGCUAAUUUCACUUAGGGAUCGUCAAAAGCAUGUCUUCAACGAAGUUUACUAUCAAAAGAAUUCCUGUCAUUUACGGUAGUAUGAUUUUGGAACUACCGCUCACAUCUAAUACGUGAGUUCACUCAGAACAAACAACUAAGAUUGAAUGGAGCGUAUGACGAAGAAAUUUCACCCCCUGUGUAACUACAUUUGGCCCUUCAUGUGCUACGAUGUUUCAUACGCCCAAAGUUUUGAGGACCAUCCGGUGAAACGGUCCCUAGGCGGCACCUGUGAAGCUCAGGCCAAGAUCUCCACGUUGUAUACGCAUCCUGUCAGCAGUCAACGAAUGUGUAUUCUGUACGCUGAACUGCAAUUUCGCCGAACGGCAGCAGAAAGUGAACGUUUUUUAUUGACACUUAUCAUCUCCGCUGCUUGUUCGUUGGUUUGUAUAGAGAUGUGUUGCAUGAUCACUCACUUUUAGUCUAUGGAAUGCGCGACUAUUCUAAAAGUGCUUCCGUGUAAAUGACGUGACUCCCUGUUGAACCAUUCGCGUAGAGCAAACUGCAGUUACUUUAGAUUACAGGGUCCAAUGAAGACUUGAAAUCAAACUCAUAGAAGGCGAUUCUGCACAUCAGUCGGAACCAAUCAUAGUUCAAGUGGAAGAUCGCCAGGUUAUAAUGGCAAACAAGUAAAACUCGAUGUAUGCAUGUUACAAUCAGCGCUGUAUCGCCGUAGGUGUACAAAAGCUCCUUAGAAGAUAAACUUAAACCACGAGUAAUCCAAAUCGAACGACAACCCGCGUCCUAUUUCCUUUGGUUUAUACAGGCCUAAGUGUACAGUCAUUCACGUUGUCUAGAUUUGUACUGGCGCUAGCAGCAUGGCGAUCCCUUGCACAGGUGCGCCAAAAUAGAUAGUCGAAGGGUAUAGAAGCAGAUUAAAAAAUAGCAUUUUGUGUAAAUAAAUACAUCUGGAUGGCGUUAGGUUGUAUGCGGUGCCAUUGUAUCGUAGUAAAAAACGUGUUCUUACGACCUGUACAUACGAAUUCAUAAAGCUUCAUCCAAACAAGA